AUGAAAGACGCAGAUAUCGUUGGGCAUGCCAUAGCGGAGGUGCUGCCUCAGACCAACAAGUACUGGUUCCAAAUCCCGCACUUGCGACGCUUGAACCUGAUCUUGUUGGUGCCUCUAUUGUCUUCAGCUGUGGCAGGAUACGAUGGCUCGUUAAUGAAUGGUCUCCAGUCGCUCCCUCAAUGGCAAGAAUACUUCGGCCACCCCACCGGAGCGCUUCUUGGUCUGGUCAACGCAGCACAGUCUGCCGGCUCCGUAGUCGUGCUGCCGUUCGUGGGGAUACUCUCUGAUCGCUACGGCCGACGCAUAGUGUUGUUUAGCGGUCUCAUCGGUGUGAUCAUUGCGACCAUCAUACAAGCGACAGCAACAACAUUGGCGCAAUUCGUUGUAUCACGAGCUGUCGUAGGCGCUGCGGGCAUGUUUGUCGUUCAACCCUCCCCGAUGUUAAUCGCCGAGCUGGCCUAUCCUACGCACCGAGGCAAGUACACAAGUGCUUUCUGGACUAUGUACUACCUCGGUGCUAUCUUGGCUGCGUGGACAACGUUUGGGACUCAGAACCACUCGGGGAAUUGGAGCUGGAGGAUACCGACGAUCUUGCAGGCUGGAUAUCCACUGGUGCAGCUUGCAUUCUUUUGGGCCUUGCCCGAAUCCCCCAGAUGGCUCGUAGCCAAAGAGCGGCAAGAUGAAGCACGACAAACCCUGGCCCGAUACCAUUCUGGCGGUGACGAACACAGCCCGCUAGUUACCCGAGAGAUGAGCGAGAUCGUUUACGCCAUUCGACAAGAGAGUGCAGCCAAAUCGGUACAAUGGAGUGCGCUUGUUGCCACCCCUGGCAACCGGAAGCGGCUCUUCCUCGCCGUGUGCGUCGGAGGAUUUGCACAGUGGAACGGUAUAGGUGUCGUUUCCUACUAUCUCACAUUGGUGUUAAACUCGAUCGGCAUAACGGAUCCAUUUAUGCAGACGCUCAUCAAUGGUCUGUUGCAAAUCUUCAACUUUGCCGCAGCUGUAAGCGCGGCUCUCUUGGUUGACCGACUCGGACGACGAACUCUUUUCCUCUGGAGUGGCAUCGGCAUGCUGAUCUCAUACAUUGUCUGGACGGCAUGCUCGGCGGUCAACAACGAGGACAACAAUAAAGCGGCAGGGUAUGUCGUGGUGGUGUGCCUUUUCGUUUUCUACUUCCACUACGACAUCGCAUAUACGCCGCUAUUGAUGAGCUAUCCGACUGAGAUCUUUACCUACAGUCUCCGAUCGAAGGGUAUCAGCUGCGAACUGCUCUCCAUCUAUGUUUCUUUGGUCAUCCAAGCGUUCGUCAAUCCGGUCGGCAUGGAGAACCUGGGUUGGAAGUACUAUAUAGUCUUCUGCUGUUUGCUGGUGGUCUUCCUCGGUGUCACGUACUUCUUCUUCCCAGAGACGAAGGGUCGGAGCUUGGAGGAGAUUGCUGAGAUCUUUGAUGGCCCUGGAGCGUCGCCUGAUGCAGGUCUUGUGAAAAAGGAAGAAAAGUUCGACAAGCAGCAUAUCGAGGUAGCCGGGGUAUGUUGA